GAGCCCGCAGAUGCGCUGCAUAAUCCCACGAUAGUUUAGCAGGACACCGUGGCAGUCCGCAAAGCACUGGUUGCACUAAUGCGGUGCCCGCACUGGCCCUCAUAGCGUUGCUCGCGUUCCUCCGCGUAUGACGUUUUGUGGCGCAGGCUUUGCGGCGCUGUGGUUGUGCCGCGCCAACUUGCAGCCUUAUUACAGGCUGUAAGACGCCACUCCGAACAUCCGCCGCCAUAUUUUUUCGUUCGUUUAUAUUCAAGAAUUGAAGGAUUGAUCGAGCAUGCUGUUCUAAUCAUAUCGGAUUGCUCUCAAUUAUUCAGGGAGGUUGAAUGGCAUACAGCGAGGAACUUGAUGACAGACCAUGGGAAGAGGUGGCGCUUAUCAACACCUAUGCCUUGUUCAUUGGUUACAUAACUAUGGCUAUCAAGGGUCUAGGUUUCCUUAUACUUACAUGGACCACCGUCGUACUUCUUGGUGGCUUCAUCACCGGGCUCAGAACGACAGACUUUUGGUGUAUCACGUUUAUUACCCUUGUACAGACAGCCGGGAUAUUCAAUCCACAGCGAGGGAUCAUCACCAAGAAAUUAGAAUAUAUAGUGAAGUCAGCCAUCGGCUCUAUUUUUGGUGUUUUUUUUGGCAUAAUUGGCCGUUUCGACCAGUAUAGCACGACCUGCAAUUCGCUUAUUGGUCUUGCAAGUGUCUUGGUAGCAAGCGUUUCCGUAGUGGUUCAGACGCUGGUCUUGACCAUACUAAUAUGCCCUCUGGCAGCUACAUACAUGUUUGGGCUGUUGAUCUCGACGGGGAUAUCGAUAUGGCGUCUGGUGAAACAUGAUUACGGUAGCAACUCGGUUACAGAGGCAAACCUGAAACCGGCGAUGGACACCUUGUACUACCUUGCAUUGCUCCAAGGGGCUCUCUUCUGCUAUAGGUUCUUCUUUGGUUUCACCAAGAAAGGGCUGGCUAAGGUUGUGAUGGGAAAAUGCAAUGAUAACGAGGACCUUGAAAUAGCUUUGUUAUACUUGGAUGAAACAAGGGCCGGGUGCGAGAAGGACCCUUUGUUCGAGAGAAAACGAAACCUCAUCACACAUGCUGUAGACUUGAUCGGUUCCAAGUCCCAUGAUGAUUGUGUUUCCGGGGUAAAGAUGUUGUACACAUCAAUAUGCGUGCGGGAGGGGGGAUUGAAGUACGCAAGACUCAAGGGCAACAAUGAAUUGUGUCAUGACGGAUGGAAAGCGAUCAUUGGGCGGCACAUGAUGAUGAAAAAUCUGAUCAUAUCAACCUCCUCUUCAUUCGUACUCCAGAAACUUUUGCAGACGUUGGAUCCCUGGGGCGCAUUUGACAGAGAGACGAGGAACCAGGGCGCGGUGAUACUGGGACAGCUUGCUCUGGACAUCCAAUUGGAGCAAUUCCCCGGGGUGAUUCAGUACAUUUGCACUCUGAUCGGCAGUUUCGAGGAAUACCGUCUAAUCGAGCCAUACCAUAGAAACCGGCUGCGGCGCAAAUAUGACCAAAACUGGGAUCGACAAGCCAGUCGCCUGCCGUCACCGGGCAACGAUGCCAGUAGUCUUCGGGAGGCCUACGAGAAGCUGGUGCUGACAGGCUUGUGCAUCCUCCGAAAGCUGGCAACCCACGAGAAGAACUGUAGAAUCAUGAGCAAGACCCCAGGUCUGCUACCAAGGAUCAUGGCGCCUGUCACCUCCGACAUGACCCAUGCAUUUGAUGGUGGGGCAUGGUCCGCUAGAGUAGUACAGGGGUCACUGCAGAUCAUGUUACUGCUCGUGGCUGCUCCUGGGAAGACUGGGGCCAAGUUUCGUCGAGAAAUCUCGAGCAACAAAGAAGCAAUUAGCACCAUGGAGAGGAUUCUCAACUGUUCCUGCUGUCAUAUAGAUCUGCAGAAGCGAGCCAUGGGGAUUCUCAUACAUUUAUACAUGGACACAAUGAGCAGGAAAACUUACCCUAAGAUGUUGGUAGACAACUUCAGUGAUGAUACCAAGGACAGAUCCAUCAGAAAGUUGGCAGGUGAAGCACUGGCAAAGUUAUGUAUCCAAGACGGAAGCAUUUCUAGUAUUAUCGUACAGGUGAACAGCGAUGGUGUUGGUAGCCUCAUCAAGAUACUACUUCUAGAUGAUGCUGAGAACAAGUCAUGCAGGAUAAGAGCAGCUCAAAUCCUGGAGCAAAUGUGUAUUCAUCACACACAACGUGGUGAGUCUCUCAGUAAACUUAAGAAAGACAUGAUAGACACAAUGCCCAAGGUGCUUUCACAGAUCCUUUGCAAAGAUAAAACACAUGCACUAACAGAAGCAACCCAUAUUGAAUUCCCAGAAAAAGAAGUUGAUAUUGAAAACCAAUGUGAUAAUCCACAAGACAAUGCCCUGGAGGAAACCUCUUCCAUUCGUCCUCAAAACAAGAAGCAUGGAGGUAGGGUGGAGGUGGAGAUGGUGGUGGAUGAAUUGGAUAAUGACGAGGAGGAGGAACUCCACGCACCCUUGCUAUCCCUCUGUGUGACAAUAUGCGACACAUUCAUAAGUGCUGAUCAAGAUUUGUCCUCUCAGUUUGGUGCAUUUAGCCUUCCAAAGAAGGUCAAGGAAAUGGUAGCAGAAAACAACGUUCCAACAGCCCCUUGCCUGAGACUGAUGAAGCUUGCCUGUAAGAUGGUCAUAUCAAUGAUGAAACACAGGGGCAGCUACAAAAAAGAAGACCUGGAGAGCUUGAAAGAAGCAUUAUCCAGUGCUUCUGAAGGCAUGUCUUUUCUUGACAUCUCCAUGGUUUUUGCCAGCGAAGAUGAUGGCCCAGCAAAGACAAUGAAGCCUGUCAAGAGUCUCGGUUCCCUCGUGAAGGAAGCUAAGGAAAGUGUCGAAGCAUACUUCAAGGCACAAGAAUCUGGAAAUAUAGAGCCAUUUACUUCCACCGACGGGUGACCCUGAUUCAUCUCCAGCCGCGUCCCCAAAACAACCCCUAAACGCGCCUCCAAGAUUUUAAAAUAAUGCAUGUACUUUUUUUAUUUUUAUUUUAAUAGAUGGAAGAAAUUUGUAGGUACGGUGAAGACUUCAAAAAAUAUAUAUGAACUAAUUUUCAAA